AUGGUUAAUAUUGAAUCAACAUCCAAUGCCAUCUGGUGGAUUAAAAAUCCGAAUGCAGCGAAAGCUGGUGGCACUGCUGGGCGCAAGGAGUCGCUUGGGUCGAGCUUUUGUCUGGAUAUCGCUGAAUUACUGCGCAAUAUAUCCUUGCAGGGUUAUAGCAAGCUAUUGGCAUCGGAAUUAACGUUGCCGGAGCGAUUAAUUUGGCUGCUGGUGCACACAACCACGCUCAUUUCAAUGGUGGCUGUGCUCAUGCUCACCUGGGAGCAGUUUAUUGCACAAUACUUUGUCAUCAAUCUGAAGGAUCCACUUUAUCCUGUUGAAAAUGUGCCAUUUCCGGCAGUGUCAAUAUGCUCCAACAAUCGCAUUUCCAUGCGGGCCGCCACGGCCUACGCUCUCGAGCUUCAGAAUAAUGAUCCAUCGCCUCAUGAUUUGAAGUACUACCUGGACAACCUGAUUCAUCUCCGGAAGCUCUAUAUGAUCGGCGACAAGGAGGCAGAAAAUGAUGACUAUAUUAACUUUCAAGCGUUUCUGGACAUCUUCGGCACCUGGAAUAAUGAAACCUUUUUCGAUACACGGCGUAUCAUGUAUAUGCUGACGCCCAAAUGCACUGAAUACAUUAUAAAAUGCAGUCUGAACAAUGUGAAUAUACCUUGCUUCAGCGAGUCUGCUUUUCAGAUGAAGCUAACAAAGUAUGGCCCGUGCUGCACAUUCAAUAGCAACAACGGGCUUAAAAAGAGAACUUUCAGCAAUCGCUUAGCCGAUGCAUCCUUUGGGUUGACAGUUGUCAUCAACUCGAGUCAUGCGGACUAUUUUGCGCCAGUUUUGUAUACGAAUGGUUACAUUGUCAUAGUUCAUGAUGCAGAUAAUUUUCCAUCGAUAACAUCAUCAAAUUCACUAGAAAUGUUUCCAGGACAACGGGAGGAAAGUUAUCUAAAGAUUUUUGCCCGUGUAAUAGAUACCGAUAAAAGUUUAUACUCCUUUUCCCCCUUUGGACGUCGGUGUUAUUUCCAUAGAGAGGCGGACAUGCCACAGCGGAGUUACGUUUACACGUUCCCCAACUGCAUUACCAGAUGCCGCAUUCGCAGCAUAAUUGCCUUGUGCAACUGUAUACCCUUUCAGAUGCCUCUGGACUUGGUGGACAACUUAGAUGGGCUCGUCUAUUGUACGCUUAGCCAUAUCAGUUGCCUUUCCCAGUAUCAAUUUAAGUGGAAUAAUGUAUUAACUGAGAGACUUCGAAUCCCGGGCCUCGAGCGCGAAUCGGAAGAGGCCUUGUACUGCCCGCAGUGCCUGCCUUCGUGCAACGAUGUGCAGUACAGUGUAUCUCUGAACGAGCUGCCCAUUGAUACGUAUCUGGCGAAUCUGUCACCUGACGAAAUUGACACUGAGCUGGGCACCGAUUUGUCCGUUCUGAGAGUGUAUUUUGGGCAGCCGCACGCUAACUUCUACAUGAGAUUGCUGAAUAACGAAUGGUUUGAGAUCUUCAGUACCAUUGGAAAUAUUUUGUCAAUAUUUAUGGGAUUUUCAUUGGUGGCCAUCUUUGAGACGCUCUUCUUCUUCUGCAAGUACAUUUACUUGGGCUGCUGUCGCAUAUUGGAGCGCAGCAGAGCCAAUAGCAAAGCGAAGAUGUUGGAUGAGCGAAAGCUACACAUAUGUCCAUAA